AUGGCCACUCUCAACGUUCUCACCUUUGAUCCGGAGGGCCGCCCGAUAGAGUUUAAUGCGUGGCUAGACGACUUACAGCUGUACCUGCUGACUGACUCUAAGGACGGUAUUUCGCUGUUUGACCUCACGUCUGGCGCCUCUCUCGCCCCUGCCGCCACAGCUGACAGUGCGACUCGUUCACAGUGGCUUACCCGUGACACUGCUGCUCGCCUAGCCGUUCGCAACCACCUGCCGUUAGCCGAACGCGCUCACUUUGGCCAGCACAAGACUGCUAGAACCAUGUACGACGCUGUAGUCGCUCGUUACUCCUCCCCGGCCACUGCUGCUCUAGGCCGCCUUCUCCUGCCCUACUUGUUCCCAGAGCUGUCCGCCUUUGCCACAGUUGCCGACCUCGUCACUCACCUUCGCACUAGUGACACUCGCUACCGCGCUGCGCUCCCCGCCGAGUUUCUCGCCAAGAACCCUCCUCCCAUGUACAUCACGCUCUACUUCAUAGUCAUCCGCCUCCCUGACUCUCUUACUGCACACCUCCUAGCAGCUGAGACUAGCAUAGUCGCUGUAGGCGCUUCUCGUGGCACUCCUCGCACUCCCUUCUUUGAGGGGUGUUCGCCCUCCCCCCUUCUCCCCUCAGUCACCUCUGAUGCAGCUGUUGACUACCUUCGUGCUGAGGAGGUAGGAGCUGCGUCUGCCCAUAGUGGGAGGCGCCGCAGCGGCAGGGGCAAGGGAGGCAGGGGCGGUGGGGGUGGCAGAGGUGGAGGCGGUGGUGGGGGCGGUGGAGGAGGUGGAGGGGGCGGCGGUGGAGGAGGUAGUGGUGGUGGGGGUGGAGGUGCAGGUGGCGGCGGUGGUGGCGGCAGUGGGAGUGGUGGAGGCGGCGAGGGGAGGCCCUGA